GUUUAUAAUUUAAAACUAUGAGUCAAUGGUAUAUGCUUGUGCUUAUUAUUACAAAUGUUUUAAAUGUGAUUUCUACUGUUCCUGACAGACCGCACAUUAUUUUUAUUCUGGUUGAUGAUUUGGGAUGGAAUGAUGUUGGAUUUCAUGGUUCAGGGCAAAUUCCAACGCCGAAUAUCGAUGCACUUGCUUACAGUGGUUUAAUUCUGCAUCAGUAUUAUGUUACACCAAUAUGUACUCCAUCGAGAAGUGCAUUAAUGACUGGAAAGUAUCCUAUUCAUACAGGCAUGCAACAUGGGGUACUCAAAGGAGCAGAACCAAGAGGCUUACCAUUGACCGAGAAAUUACUCCCUGAAUAUCUUCGGGAACUUGGUUAUCGAACACACAUUGUUGGCAAGUGGCACCUUGGCUUUUAUAAAAAAGAGUAUACACCGACUUUUCGUGGUUUUGAAAGUCACCUGGGAUAUUGGACUGGUCAUCAUGAUUACUAUGAUCAUACUGCUGUUGAAGAGCCAUAUUGGGGUUUCGACAUGAGGCGUAACAUGAAACCCGCUUGGGAUUUACACGGUCAAUAUUCAACUGAUGUAUUCUCAAAAGAAGCUGUGAAAUUAAUAAAUAAUCAUAAUGUCAGUGAACCUAUGUUUUUAUUUCUUGCACACGCAGCGGUACAUUCAGCAAAUCCGUAUAAUCCAUUACCUGCAGCUGAUGAAAUCGUCGAUAAAAUAAAAAUACCUGAAUAUAAGAGACGUCGUUUUGCUGCUAUAGCAAAUAUCAUGGAUUCAUCUGUUGGUAAAGUUGUGGAAGCACUUGGGAAAAAAAAUAUGUUGGAAAAUAGUAUUAUUGUUGUUUCUACGGAUAAUGGUGGACCUGCCCAAGGUUUUAAUUUUAAUGCUGCUUCUAAUUGGCCAUUAAGAGGUGUUAAAGAUACUUUAUUUGAAGGUGGAGUACGUGGUGUUGGGCUUAUUUGGUCAAAGCACUUAAACAAUCCAGGACGAAUUUCAAAUCAAACACUUCAUAUCACUGAUUGGUUACCAACUCUAUUGUCAGCUGCUGGGGGAUAUCCAAACAAUAGUAGAAAUAUUGAUGGUCUGGAUGUAUGGAAUGCUUUAAAAAAAAAUACACAAUCACCUCGAAAGAUAAUUUUACAUAAUAUUGACAAUAUCAAAAAUAUUUCUGCAAUCACUGUAGGCGAUUGGAAACUCAUCAAAGGAAGUUCGUAUAAUGGAAAAUGGGAUCAAUGGUAUGGACCAUCCGGUCGUGAUUAUGAUUAUGAUCUAAACAGCAUCAUUAAUACAUGUCCGGUAGCCAAGGCUUUAAAUAAGCUUGGGCUGAAACUAAAUUCAAAAAAAAUUUUAGUAUUACGAAGUAUGGCCACAAUAAACUGUGAUUUGGAAAUGGUUAGUAAAAGCCCAUGCAAUCCAAUGAAUUCAUCGUGUCUUAUUAAUAUUCGUCAAGAUCCAUGCGAGAAGCAAAACUUGGCCAGCAAAUUUCCCACAAUAGUUAAACAGCUCGAAGAAGAACUUUCUAAACUAAAUUCAUCUACUGUAAAACCAGGAAAUUUACAAUGGGACCAAAGAGGUAAUCCUGGAAACUGGGAUCAUACGUGGAAUAAUUUUGGCGAUUAUGAAAUAACAACUACAAAAUAAAUAUAAAAAUCUAUUAUAUGGUAUAUAAUAGAUAAAAG